UAAAUCGUUGUUAUAAUUCCGUUUAUUUAAGUAUGGAAGUACCAAAAGAAUGGACAUUAAAAAAUUCAUUACAUUCACUACUUAUUGCAGUAAUUCUUAUCUAUCUCAUUCGUUGGCUAUUAAGAAAAAAUAAAAAUUAUCCUCCCGGUCCUAUUGGAUUGCCAAUUGUUGGAUACUUACCGUUUUUAAGUAAAGAUGCUCAUGAAAAAUUAUGUAAACUACAGAAAAUAUACGGAGGAAUAUUCGGUUUCUAUUUAGGUAGUAAAUAUACGGUUGUUCUAAAUGAUUAUUCUUCCGUGAAAGAAGGUUUAAAUAAUCCAAAUCUUCUCUCUCGACCCCCAAAUUUACCACUCGAUGUUUUAAAUGAAUUUGAUUCGACGAAAAGAAACGUUUUUAUAGCUGGAUUCGGUGGUAAGUAUUGGAUAGAGCAACGUCGGUUCAUGUUACACGUAUUACGUGAUCUCGGAUUCGGCAAAAACAAAAUGGAGGGAUAUAUUACGGAAGAACUAUCACACUUUAUCAACGAGUUGAAAGCUUUAAACGGCAAACCUUGUAUAUCGAAAGAAUUGACGAUUCCGAGUGUAUCAAAUGUAAUUUGUUCUUUGAUAUUCGGUAGAAGAUUAGAAUAUAAUUCACCGGAAAGGAAAUUGCUAGUAAGAUUUUUAGUUAAGAUUCUUAGUAUUUCGGCUUCUCUGAAGAUAAAUUAA